GAAAAAGAAAACAAAGAGCAAACACAUGUCUAUGAGCAAAUAAAGAAACAAACAGAGAUGGUUGAAAAAGUGAAAGCAAAAUUUUCUGUUGAACGUAACAAGAAACAAGUCUUACAGGAAAAGCUGAAGGAAAAGAAUAAAGAAUCCAAUGAUUUGCAAAAAGAAAAUCAGUUGCUAAGGGACGAAAAUAAAAUGCUAAGGAUAAAGUUGGACCAAUUAGAGGAAGAAAAAAGAAAAGAAAGAAAAGCAAGCCAGCUGCUUCAAGAAAAAUACACUAUGCGUGAGACUCAGUUCAAUGAAAGAAUUGACAAGGAGAUAGAAAAGCUUAAGGAAUUGCUUGAGAACCUGAAAGUCAUUGCCCAAAAGCAUGGAUAUUUCAAUUCAUUGGAUGGUUUAAACUUAGAGAGAGAGAGUGAUGACAAUAAUUUUCCUUUGCCUUGAAGUUAAUCUUCCACCAACAAAAAAUCACUGCAGUAGGAUAAUGCUGUUCAAAUUUAUGUCUAAUUGAAGGCAGUACUUGAGGUAUUUCAUGGACGUCUUCCUACAGCAUUUGGUAUUUGAAUCUUAAAUUGCAAAAAAAGUAACAUUCUGAACACUGUAGCUGAAUGGAAAAAGCUUAAACUCAGUUGUCCGAGUGUCAUGCAUGCAUUAAAACAUGUCUUGUCUUAAUGCAAUUAAAAGACACAUUAGUGUCUUAAUUAAUGAUGUUUCUAACUAUACAUAGAAGCCAUAAAAUAAGAUAGAAUGUGAAACAUAUAUUUCAUAUUCUUGUGAGCUAUAGUUUCUGGGAAAAAAGUUUCUAAAAUUCUUAUAUUUAUGUCUCUCUUAGCACAGGUAUGCAUUUUUAAUCAGUCUUUAUACUACAGCCAGCCAAUUUGAGCCUCUUAUGAAAUCAAAGUUGCAAAUUUUACAACGAAAAAAUUAUAAAUCUUCAAAAAUUUUCUGGGUUGAGAUAUAAUUUAUUAUACAUUUUGUAUAAAUCAAGCAUUUUUGUUACAUAUGCCAAAAUUUAUUUGAUUCAUGAAAGUCUACUAGCAGUUAACCCCUUGCAACAUUUGUCUGGAUCAACCUGCACAGUGCAGUGGUAAUCGAGUUGUAAUCCGUCACUAAUGUGAUAUGAUAAUUAAUAUAACUCAAAUGUAU